UCAGCUGUACAGAAAAAUCUGUAUUUCUUUGCCGGUCUUUUAAAUAUGUAUUGUAAUUUAAAAUACUAAAUAAAUAACUAGUUGUAGAAAUACAAGCAGAAUGCAAGUCGAUAUAGACGAAUUAGAAAAGUCUUUAUCCCAGUUGGAAGCUACUGCUGCAAAGCCCAAUCAUGAAGAUCUUUACAAAAAUUGGGGCCGUUUAGGAAACCAAGAAGAAAGGCGCAAAGAGCUACUAGAAAUUCAAAAGAGUAAUAGGAGCAACAAAAUAGAUUCAUUUAGAGGAAUUUUAGAGUUGGUUAAUGCAGUGGAGGAGAAUGAUGUGUUUCAGUCUAAAAAGAAGGUCAUCUAUAGACCCAGUAUAUAUGUAGCCGGGUUUCACAAAACAAGCUUAACAUACAGUAAUGUAUUAAUGCUGUCAGAAUGGAUGGUGGAAAAACCUGAGAAUUUUGCCAAUGAUUGGUACCUUGUGCCAUGUCCGAAAGGAGUGCGAACCCUUAUUGUCUCACAUGGGGGCAAAACAAAGUUUUACACCAAAUAUGGUCACUUUAAGUUUGAACACCAAACUUUGCUGCCUGGAGGUAGUCAUAAGAGCAAGAGAGGUUGUUGUGUGUUAGAUGGUUUCUAUAUUGGAACCGCACAAACUGUUCAUAUUUUAGACCUGCUCGCUUGGAAAGAUCAACCUAUGACGGAUGGCGAGACAGAGUUUAGGCAUUUCUGGCUAGAAGGCAAGUUCAAUGAGAUUGGAGCGGAUCUGCAAAAGAUAAGCAAAAACAAUUCAAUAAAGUUAGAAAUAUUACCUAAAAUACCAUGCACAAAUGAAAAUUUGACAGAACAUCUAUCUCGGUACCCCAUGCUGCCAACGAAUCUGGACGGGUUGCUGUUCUACCACAGGAGGGCGCACUACGUAGCAGGCGAGACGCCAUUGGUGGGAUGGUUAUUCCCUUAUAUGGUGCCGGAGAUCAUUGACAAAGAUAUUAAAAUACAUCCAUUCUAUGAAGAAGAAAAGCCAAAGGACUAUACAAACCAAAAGGACUUUAUCCAGAACUUUGCGUAUGAAAAGGAAAGGAAGAAAAAGAAUAGACAUUCUAAGAGUAUGGAAGUAGAUAAACUUGAGGCUAAUGAUCUCGAAAAUAACUUAAUAAAAGCUCAAGAACAGGAUAAGGGCAUACCAGUAAACAUGGAAACAAAGACAGAAGACAGUAUAGUGACAAAAACAGAAGAAUUGAUGGAGACAAAGACAGAAGACGGCAUAGAGACAAAAACAGAAGAAUUGAUGGAGACAAAGACAGAAGACGGCAUAGAGACAAAAACAGAAGAAUUGACAGAGACAAAGAUGACCAAUUAGCUACUGAACAUUGAUAUUAGGGUAUACAGUGUGUUAGUGUAAACA